AUGAGUGAUCAUGCAGCCAUCCAGAUCGUUGAACUGAAAGAUGCAGCAGCUGAAUCCGAUGCCAGGAUGAUUGUAGAAGAGCAGUUUCAGACGACAGAGAUACGGCCAUCGGCACCCCCAGUAGGAUCGUGCGAAGAUACGAUUACUCGCUGCUUGGAUCAAGUUCACCGCCUACUAAAGGAAACGCCAAGAGGCUUCCUAGCCGAGACCUCGCCCCACACCAUCUUUAGGAUCCCCCGGCCGCUUCGUGGGAUCGAUCCUAAGGCCGAAGAGCCUGAGAUCUUAUCUAUAGGCCCAUACCACCGGGGCCGGCCACAGGUGCUCGCGUUCGAAAAGUUUAAGCCGCUCUUCCUCUCGAGGUUCCUUGGCCGCACAGAGAAGGACUUGAAGGGGCUUACGGAAUUAGUGGCGGGUAUGGAGAGUUCUGCCCGGGCUUGCUACUCGGAACAUGUGGAUAUGACAAGUUGCGACUUCGUGCAGAUGAUGCUACUCGACGGUUGCUUUGUGGUGGAAUUCCUACUCCACAUUUUCGGGAGCGGUCAUGAGACUGGCGAACAUGACCCCAUCUUUGCACGGCCCCAGAUAAUCCCGAUUCUCAUUAGGGAUUUACUGAAGCUUGAAAACCAGAUUCCGUACUCCCUUCUUCAGUCAUUGUUUAACGGGGCAGUCCCAUUGGAUUUAGUAGAGGAAUUAGGAACUUUGGCCACACUCGCGUUCAAAUUGUUUACUCUGGCCUAUCCGAGAAGCAUGGCGCUUAUCAAACCUUGGUGGAAUCGUGAAUACGAGCACCUACUUGACCUGUUUUACUCGAGUCUCUCACCGAGAAGGCAGGUCCACCCCAAAUCCAGGAAGAAGUCCUGGUCAUCGGCUCAGUCCGUACCGUGUGUCACCGAGCUUGGGCCCUGCGGAAUCAAAUUUAGGUCCAAGAAGGCAGACAGUUUGCUGGACAUAAGUUUCCGUAGACGAGUGCUCCGGAUACCAGAUAUUCCAAUCAAAGACUUCGUGAACAGCGUGCUGAUAAAACCGGUACUCCAGAUACCAAACAUCACAAUCGACGAUUUCAUGACCACCAUGCUGAUAAACUGCGUGUCCCUGGAACAAUGCCGGGAAAACAGGUCCAAGUACAUGACUGAUUACGUCUCCUUCAUGCACUGCCUUAUCAAUCGGCCGAAGGACGUGUCGCUCCUCCGUUCAGAAGGGAUCAUCGCACUAUUUUCUCAUGACGACCAGCGAGUGGCUGAUUUGUUCAAUAAGCUGGGGAAGAACAUUUCUUACAACGUUCAUGACUGUUUUCUGUCGGAGCAGUUCAAGGAACUGGAGUCGUACUACCACAGCGACUGGGCGAAAAUGAUGCGCACUUACUUUUCCAGUCCGUGGUCGGUCAUAUCUCUCUUCUCAGCUUUCUUAGUCAUACUUCUCGCCAUCAUACAAACUUAUGUUGCUAUUCUUACUUAUUGCACGCACCACUAG